GCCCACUCCCCGAUCCUAACCUCCACCCUCCUCAGCCCGUCCUUUCCCUCUCCCGGCCUCAGAUCAGGAAUUGGCUGCUCGGACUCAAUUGCUCAACUAUGCAGUAGAGGAUAAGCCAGAGCCGAGAAGCAGAGAUUGGGCGGUUUGCCAUCGACAGGCCGGCUGAGCGCUAAACCAUACACCCUCAGUCCCCCCCUCGGUAGCUAUGACCUUACUCACAGAGGACCAACCCCAGUCAUCCAGGCUCCCAGAGCCUGGAAUGCACAUCACGAGCCUGGACCGCUUCUCAGUGGGGAGCGCGGACUGUGGGCAGUCUAUGAAGGAGGAUUAUUUGGACAGUAUGGAGCCUGUUGUCUUUGGGGUGGUGGAGCCUCCCAGACGCUCUCGCGGCCGGCUGGUGCUGCAUGGCAUGGUGAUGUUCGGAAGGGAAUUUUGCUACGCUGUGGAGGCAGCCUUCGUCACACCCGUGCUGCUCAGUGUGGGACUCCCUCGGAGCUUGUACAGCCUUGUGUGGCUGAUCAGCCCCCUCCUGGGCUUCCUGCUGCAGCCCAUCAUCGGCUCAGCCAGCGACUUCUGCAGGUCCCCGUGGGGCCGACGGAGGCCCUACAUCCUCACACUGGGUGUUAUGAUGCUAAUGGGUCUCACCUUGUUUCUGAACGGUGACGCGGUCGUGUCAGCGAUUGUACAGGAUAGGUCAUUGAAGAGGAUAUGGGCCAUCGUCAUAGUCAUGUUUGGGGUGGUGCUAUUUGACUUUGCUGCUGAUUUCAUAGAUGGGCCAGUAAAGGCCUACCUCUUUGACGUCUGCUCACACACAGACAGGGAAAGAGGACUGCACUACCAUGCUCUUCUCACAGGGCUGGGUGGUGCCUUCGGGUACCUGUUGGGGGCUAUGGACUGGGGACACUCCUCCCUGGGGCGACUGCUGGGGUCAGAGUACCAGGUCAUCUACUUCUUCUCUGCUCUGACCUGGACGGUAUUUCUCACCGUGCAUCUCUUCAGCAUCCCGGAGGUGUCCCUGGCCAAGGACAGCAGCCUGGACCCCCUGGCCCCCAGCGGGCUCCUCCUGCGCAGUACACACAGCAGCAGUGGUGGCUAUGGGACCUUACACGGAUCCAUGUCCAAGGAGAUGGAGCCAGACUUCCGGCCACGUUCAUUCUCCGCUCUGGGUGAAGCCAAUUCAGUCACAUCCAGUUCCAAGCAGCCCAACAAAGUGCAGAGGAGAAUGACUUUGAAGUCAUGUCUCCUGGCCAUGAUUACCAUGCCCAGUCAUUAUCGCUGCCUCUGUGUCAGUCACCUGCUGGGAUGGACUGCCUUCCUCUGCAACAUGCUCUUCUUUACAGACUUCAUGGGACAGAUUGUGUAUAAGGGCAACCCAUAUGCUGAACAUAACUCCACAGCCUACGACCGCUAUGAGAGGGGAGUGGAGAUUGGAUGCUGGGGCCUCUGCAUCAACGCUGUCUCCUCUGCUCUCUACUCCUAUGUCCAGAGGCUGCUGCUGCCCUACAUUGGACUGAAGGGGCUUUACUUCGUGGGGUACUUUGUGUUUGGUCUGGGCACCAGUCUGAUUGGCCUGUUCCCCAACAUCAUCACCACCCUCAUCCUGUGCAGUGUCUUCGGAGUCAUGUCCAGCACCUUGUACACCAUCCCCUUCAACCUCAUAUCUGAGUACCACCGUGAAGAGGAGGUGCGGAGGAAGAUGGGUAAAGUAUAUCCUGCUGGACAGGAUCGAGGCACCGGCGUGGACUGUGCAGCACUCACGUGUAUGGUGCAGCUGGCUCAGAUCAUUGUGGGGGCGGGACUGGGGGCACUGGUCAACAUGGCGGGAAGCGUGAUUGUGGUGGUCCUCUCCGCGUCAACGAUGUCUCUGAUUGGUUGUCUGUUCAUCGCCCUCUUCAUCCGACACGUGCAUUAACCUCUUUAAUAAAGAUAUUCACUAAUACCCUUUAAACCAUGUUUUUUCUCUAUUUAUGAAAGGGUUUCCUAAUUCCAACCUGCAUAAUUAUGCUCAUGAGCAAAACAGAACAAACUGUGCAGAUCAAUGUUUCACUCAUCCUUCAUAGGGUUGUAUAAUGCUGAUAACAAUUCAAAAUCUCUAGGGUUUUCUAGAAAAACUGGAUAUCAGAAUCCUGGAACCACAGGAAUAUUGGAAAGCUACCAGAUUUUUACAGCCCCAAUCCUUUUAUCUGUCGCCCAUUGUCUCCACCAGUUAUAGAUGUUUCAAAAAACAAGUUGCAGAGGACAGAUCGGCCAUACUAAUUGUGUGGCGUCUGGCAAAGCUUUUAACCUACAGAGUAAAACUAUUUUUUGUACAGAAGUAUAAAAUGUAAGCCAAGUUGGUCAGAUGA